GAUCUAUGAGAAGCUUUAUUCGCCCUCCGCAUCGAGGGCCAGCGACGAAGAAAGAAGGGCCGUGGUCGGCUGCCUCUCCAACAUGUUGUCGCAGUGGUACGUUGUGUGGCGGAACAUCGAUUAUGCCCACGCAUGCCGCCAAGACUUGUUCGAAUUCAGCCUCGCCGCCAUCGACGUCGUCUACUACUCCAUCCUUACCUUGACACAUCGGGGAGCAAGCUCGUCCAACUCGGCGAGUGAUAUAACGCCACAGUGCUUUGAGGCGGCCCGAAAAGAACUGAUGGCUCAUACUACUGCCUAUCCUCGAUUCUCUUCUGGUGGCUAUGCGUCACCUUUUAGUUACUCAAUCUGGACACAUCUCUUCUCAUCGUUCACCCCCUACAUCAUUACAUUUAUCCAUUGUGUCGGCAACGUAAACACAGAGGACCUGGGCCUCCUCCGCACCGCCCUCGAGAUUAGCGAACGGCUCAGUGGACUGGCGGAAUCGUGCAAAAGACAAUACGAGUUAUACCGGGCGCUCUAUCGCAUUGCCGAGGCCUACCUCAAGGCGAAAAAGGCUCUUCCGUACGGGGACCUACCCCUGGAGACGGCGACCCAUUUGCCACUGCAACAGCCCAACACCGACAACUGGUCCUGUUUUGACUCCAACAUCGAACCGAAUUCAUUCCCUGAGCUCCAUGUGGAAGACUGGAAUGGUAGCUAUAUGGGGCAAAUGCCAUUUACGUUGGAUACACAGGCGGGAAAGGGGGGCCAUUAA